GAGAGCACUGGAUUCACUGGGAGUAUUACACAGUUAGCAAGUUCCUAGCCUAGAUCACAACAGGAGGAUGCUUAGUAUUCCAUCUGCUGAUGUCCAGCCGUUCUAGAGUAAAAUCUGCUACUUACCAUUCAAAGCUGGGAUUACCGGGUUUUGAUUUAUUCAUACAGAAUGUUAACUCACCCGCUGCUGGAUCAAAUGAAUAGCAAUCUAGUUGUCGAGGAACUGCAAUGUCUCCAUUAUUUGUCUGUAGCUCUGGCACAUUUCCAAGUUUCACCAUAACAUGUAUCAUUAUGGUUUUAGUCCAUCGCCGCAUCGUACAAUGAUGUUCCUUCAUCCAAACCCCUACGUGCCUUACACCAAUGGAAGGUUCCAAGAUUCUCCUGGUGGCUUUCUACCCCCGAUACAGAUGCACAAUUUCAGCAGCCGACCUUCUCCGCUCUUCGACGGGCAAAUGUAUUAUCCCCAGGAAUUUACAAACGCACAUCGACAAUUUCACCAUUUUUAUGGCGUAAAUCCUUACUAUGCUCCUCCAAACUGGUAUUACCCUAGAUACAGUGGGGUGCCAUCAUAUAACCAUUCAGUGAACUAUAACCAUAAACCUGUUAAACAGAACGGAUGGCCAGAAGGCUUUACCAUGAAAGGAGAACUUCACUGGGGCAAACUAGAGAGAGUGUUUGGGAUGAAACGAGAACUUCCAGAAUUUGUCAAAGACGACCUACGUAGAGUGUAUGGCACGUACCCGAGGACAUUCGUCGCUAUAACUUAUCAGAAUGGAGAAUUUCUUGUUAAAGGCGAUCCCAAGGUGGGGGAACAGGAGUACUCUGUUGAAAAGAAAGUUGUUCGAAAGGCGCCAACUCCCACCGAUUCCGAGGACGAGAUAAGUGAAGGAAAGCAGAGCAAGAGGAAAAGGAAAGGAAGGCGUUGAUUCGGAUACUAUAUGAGGUGGACUGAGUAUAUAAUCUCAUAUUUAUAAAAGGGGGAAUGUCUCUUUAAAAUACCAAGAGCCAUGAAUAACCAGUAAAAUAGUGAUGUCAUCAGUUAGUGAUAUCACUUGAAUCACUGAAACUUCUGAUAAAUAAUGGCUCCCCUGUUAUACAAAAAAAGGAUAUUUUAUGUCCAUACCUCCCAACAUUUUGGAAAUAAAAAGAGGGACAAAAAGCUGCCUCGUGUAGCACGGUGAAUUGUUUGUGACCACGCCCAUUUUUUGUGGCCACACCCCCUAAUUACCAUGUUCAUUUUACAAAAUUUGUCAGGUAAUGAA